AUGAUAUAAACUCUUAUUUCAAACGCUGUCUCUCCAGGCCGGAGCAUUACACCUGUCUUACUGACUUCUGGUCUUUAAAAGCCUGAACCUUGACUGUCAUGAUGUCAGAUGACUAUAUCAAUCCCUAUCCUUUUGAUGAUGAUUUUGAUGAUGAUGAUAAUGAUGAUGAUAUAGUGACGAACCGAUGUGUUCUGUUGACUUCGAAUGAGGAGACAGUCCCUCUGAAGAGCAUUGAGGUGGAGCUGGAGGUGAGGGACCAUGUGGCUACAGUGGUCUCCACUCUGAACUACCAGAACAAAGAGGACAAACCCAUCGAGGCGGUUUUUGUCUUCCCUCUGCCUGGAGAUGCCGCUGUCUGUCAUUUCAGUGCCAAGAUGGGACAGAAGGAGAUUGUGGCUGAGGUGAAAGAGAAACAGGAGGCUCGUGAGGAGUAUGAUGAUGCUUUGAGCUCCGGUCAGCAGGCUUUCCUGCUGGAGGAGAGUGAUCAGAGUCCAGAUGUUUUCUCAAUGAGGGUGGGCUGUCUGCCUCCAGGAGAGAGCGCCUCCAUCAGGCUGGAGUACGUCACUGAGCUGGCAGUGCAGGCUGAUGAGGGGCUGAGGUUUUGUCUGCCUGCUGUGCUCAACCCUCGAUACACACCUCAGGGUAGCAAAGCUACAGCCAUCCAGGUGAACUCUGUUCCAGCCUCUCUGGUUCCUUACAGUCUGUUUUCUGCUCGAGUGUCCUCUCCUCGUCCCAUCUCUAAAGUGGAGUCCAGCUGUUCCCUGGAUCCUCUCCAGUUCCUGAACACAGACCAAACCCAGGCCACGGUGAAGCUGGGUGCAGGACACAAGUUUGACAGAGAUGUUGAAGUGCUGAUAUAUUACAAAGAUGCCCACCAGCCCACUGCUGUGGUGGAAGCAGGACAGGCCUCUGCAAAACCUGGCACUCUGAUGGGUGAUCCAGUGGUGAUGGUGAGCCUGUUCCCUGAGUUUCCUCAGUCUGCCAAGUCUUCAGUGGCUUCCUGUGGAGAGUUUGUGUUCCUCGUGGAUCGAUCUGGAAGUAUGGACUUCCCAAUGAACAACAAAGACAGAAAUCAGACUCGCAUAAUCAGUGCAAGGGAAACGCUGCUGCUGCUGUUGAAGAGUCUACCAAUGGGCUGCUACUUCAACAUCUACAGUUUUGGAUCCAGCUUUGAGCACAUCUUCCCUAAAAGUGUGAAGUACGGUCAGAAGACCAUGGAGGAGGCCCUGAAGAGAGUUGGGACGAUGGUGGCAGAUCUGGGAGGAACAGAAAUUCUGGAGCCUCUCAAGCGUAUUUACAAGCAGCCCUGCAUUCCCAGUCAUCCCAGACAACUGUUUGUCUUCACUGAUGGAGAGGUGGGAAACACCAAAGAAGUCAUUGAUCUGGUUAAGAAGAAUUCAGGCUCUCACAGGUGUUUCUCCUUCGGGAUCGGGGAAGGAGCCAGCUCUGCUCUCAUCAAUGGGUUGGCCAAAGAGGGAGGGGGUCACGCUCAGUUCAUCACAGGAAGUGACAGGAUGCAGCCAAAGGUGAUGCAGUCGCUGCGGUUCGCUCUGCAGCCGGCUGUGGUGGACAUUUCCAUCACAUGGGAUUUACCAAAGGACGUGUCUGUCACUGUCCUCUCUCCACCAAUCACAAAACUUUUCCAGGGUCAGCGGUCGCUGGUUUACGGCCAACUCAGUGGACAGAGCUCCGAGGCUGCAGAGGGCUGUGUGACGGUGAAGUACAGCCUGGCAGGUCAUCCCACUCAGAACCAGCUGCACUUCAGCCUGAAACCAGAAGAAGAUACUGGGUUAACAGUCCACAGGCUGGGAGCUCGGACUCGGAUUCGCUCUCUGGAGAUGGAGGGAAGAGAGAGCAGAGGGGAGCAGCACACAGGAGUGAAGGAGAAGGUGGUGGCUCUCAGCGUCCAAUCAGGAGUGAGCAGUUGUUUCACUGCCUUCAUUGCUGUCAACAAAGGUGAUGGCGAGGUGAUCCAAGGACCUUUGGUGCGUCGAAAUGUUCCAACACCUGGAAUGAUCGCGACAGGGGCCCGUCGCUCUUCACCAUUGAUGGACGUCGACAUGGCGUGUCGUAAUCCCAGGCCCUCACCUCUGUUAAAGAGCUGUGGUGUUUCUGCAAGAAGUUUGAGCAUCAAUAAAUGUUCUAUAACAGACUGUUAUGAAACGCUAGCAAGACCUCUGUCUGAGGAUUUUACACUGGCUGCAUCGACUUCUUCCUGGCCAGGAAGUUUGCCUCUAUUUUCUACAACAGACUAUGAUAAAAUGUCAGCAAGGGUUGAGUCUGAGUUUGUUACAUUGGAGCCACGGACGUCUUACCGGAAAAAAGGUGGUGCAAAGCCUACGGUUUUCCGUCGAGCAAUUGAGGCAGUGCAGCGCAUUUUUCGUCGACGAAGUCAUUAUACAGAGAAGCGUCGUGGAUCUGGUCCGACAGCAAUAAUACCUGGUGCUGCAGACUGGACUCAACCUGAAGUGAAGCCGCCGCCCUGCGACCCUCUGCUGCAGCUGGUCUCCCUCCAGAAUGCUUCAGGUUUCUGGAUGCUGGAUUCAGCUCUGGCUGCUGCACUGGGAAAGACGAGUGAAGAGGUGGAAAAGUCCAAACCUGAACCGGUGAACAGUGAAGUGUGGGCCACCAUUCUGGCUCUAAUCUGGCUUCAGGGGUUUCAAACCGAUGCAAAGGACGAGUGGCAGAUUCUGGCUGGAAAGGCUGUGUUGUGGCUUCAAGCUCAGAACGCUCCAAACGUGACAGAAUGUGUGGAUGCUGGAAAUGCUCUUCUGGGUUGCAGAGUGCAGAAAGAUGCUCUGGGACUCUGAGGCUUCAUUACAGUCUUCACUCCUUCAUUGAUGACAGAGUCACUUCUUAAGUUCUGAUGUUCUGCAAAGUUUUUAUUAUAGGUCACUGAAAUUUCCUGUUCUGACAGUUGCUGUCAAAAGAAUUACAAAACAAAUUCAACAAUACACAGCAGCUAAGAUUGUAGAUUCUCGAGUUUUAUAGACAAGGUUAAAAUAUGUAAAGGUUCAAUAUGAUUAGUUUGAAUAAAGUGUGAUAGUAAGUUGCUAAGGUGCAGUACGUGAUGGUAACUUUCUGAGCACAUUUUUGACAUCCUUUUGGUUUUGUUUGUGUUUUCUAUAUGUUCUGUAAUGUCACUAUUAAGCAAUUUUGUUUGAAUAUGUUAGAAAUAGAAGCAGAAAAUUGCUCUGACAGUAAUGCUUUGUGCCGG